AAGAGCAGACAGGAAGGUCUGUACACUGUCGUUACUGUCACUGGCGUUGCAGCUCGGAUUGUUUUGGUUUUACCUGCACCUGUACUCGAAGAGAAAAUUUUGGGCUGCUGUGUAACGUGAAUUCAAGUAUACGUGUCUUUUAGCAAUUGGAGAAAUAUGUAAAACGCACUUUAGGUCCGGGAGUAUUCAAAUCAAAAUUUGGUUCGUCAUUCUGUACCUACCUACCUAGACAUCCUCGGCAUACCAGACUGGGAAACAAAAUUAUUCCUUCAACAUGUCAUAUCGUGGUCGAAAAUCAAUUAGAGAGGAAUACGAAGAACGCUUCUCAGCAAUGGAUUCAAGAGAGGUGACCGUCCAUCGAGUUGUCAAUAUUGUUGAAAAGAGGAGCCCUAUGCCUCGGCCAGUGGAUAGAGGCUUUAAUGAUGACCAGUGGUAUGGUGGUCCCCGAAAAUACCCGGAUGCAAGGGAAUAUCACGACGAAGGAAAUUAUCCACUCAAUGAUCGUCGAUAUGAAAACCCCAAUUAUGGCAAUUUUCGCCGAAAUUCCUCACCCCCACGAAAUGAGGGCUUCUACUCCCAACAGAGUUACAGCAGGGAUGAUUUGAGGCAUCAGUUAGGCUCAAGGAACAGUGGCAGGGCUGGUCCUUAUGUCUGUAACAGAGGUCGAGGGCUGGGCCCCCCUCUAAGAGAAGACCACGAUGACUAUAGGAUCUCUCCGCCUGUAGUAAGCAAACGGGACCGCUCUCCUGGAAGGAGGGAAGCCCAACCAUCAGUUCGCUCUGGAUCAAACACAAGCAACAGGAGCUUCUCCCCUGACAGGGACAAAAGCUACACCUACCAGCAGGCCCAGAAAAAGCAUAAGACCAAUGCGCUGACGGGCCACAGUCCCAGCAGCUCUGUGGAGGGAUCUACUCACAGCUCAGGAUCUUCAAAGGAAAAAAUGCCUGCAUCUGUAGCGGAGACGGAGGAGGUGGUGGCUCCCAGCAUGGAGCCAAAGCUGACCAGCAAACCAGAGGAAGACUUUAAGGCUCGCCGAUUAGAGGCCAUUAAGGCUAAGGCUUUCGAAAUUGAGAAGCAUUACAGGCAGGACUGUGAGACAUUUCGCACAGUGGUGAAGAUGUUGGUGACCAAGGAGCCCAGUUUGGAUAAUCUUCUGCAGGCUCCACUGGAUGAGAACCUGUUGGAGAUCAAACAGCGCUGCCUAGAUUCCCUUAGGCACUUUGUGAAGGAGCUGGACGAGGUAUUAGAGCAGCCGGACACCUCAGCGGAAGCCACAAGUCACAAGACACUGAAGUGACAAGUGACACAUUUCUUAAACUCUUAUUUUUGAAGUAAGUAGAAAAUUGUCUCAGUGGAUUGAAGAAUUUUGCCAUUUUUCAAAGUUUUAUUUUAAUUAUUUUCUUCAAUCAAAUAAUGCUAACAGUGAUUGAUAAAAAAAACAAAGAUUAUAAAAAGUUGAUUCAUAUGUAUUAUUAACAAAGACAUGAUUUCUGGUGGCAGUAACGGUGACACCUGAUUCAAUGCUAGAUUAAAUAAUUGUUAAAAUGCAUAUGUUGUUACAGUGAAAUACCUAUAGUAUUAUUUGUGAAACACACGAUACAGUUUCUAUGAAAGCAUGGACAAUUGAAAUUUGAAGCUUCAGCUGGAUUUUUACCCAAAGCUAUGUUGUGGAAAAACUGUGAAAUAUUAUGUUCAGUUGAUUACAGAUGCCAUUUUAAAUUGAUAUAAGUUAAAUGUCUGAUCAUUGAACAAACUAGAGGCUUGGUCGUAUUGAUGAAUCCUACUGUUAGGAGCACUAGCAGAAAGAAUGACAUGGUCAAAUAACUUUCCUAUCACAACUUUUUACUCAGUCUUAAUUGAUAUAUAGUAUGUUGUGCUUCCAGUAUCUGCAUUGCAACUAAUGCUGACUGUAACGCUAGGGUCCUAGUAACGAAGGGUCCGACUCUAAAUCUUUAAUGGAUUUUUCAUUGCAGCACUAUUUUUCACAGAAAAUACUGACUUUUUAUAUAUAGAUCAUGUAUUUUUCUCUUACUUUGAGUAGAUUUUCAGUUAAACUUUUGUAAAUAAAAGCUGAGGCCUUGAA